AUGGCAGCUACCAUGUUGGGCCAGGGCAAGAAUGCGUGGCAAGCCGAGAUUGACUCGGCCGCAGAGCUGUGCGACUUCCUUAGGUUCAACGUCCAGUACGCCGAGGAGAUGUAUGCCCAACAGCCAGUACACAACUCGCCUGGAGUCUGGAACCGCGUCGAGUACAGGCCCCUUGACGGCUUCGUCUACGCCGUCAGCCCUUUCAACUUCACAGCCAUUGCAGGCAACCUGCCUGGGGCGCCAGCACUUCUGGGCAAUGUCGUAGUGUGGAAGCCAUCCGACUUUGCCAUUGCAUCCAACUGGCUGCUUUACAACAUCCUCCUGGAAGCUGGUCUGCCCAAGGGUGUCAUUCAAUUCGUCCCGGGAGACCCAGAGGAGGUGACGCGAGUGGUGCUCUCGCACCGUCAAUUCGCCGCGCUGCACUACACGGGCAGCACAGCUAUCUUCCGUAAGCUCUAUGGACAGAUCGGUGCGGGCGUGGCAGAGGGCAAGUACGCGUCAUACCCGCGGAUCGUGGGUGAGACCGGUGGCAAGAACUUCCACCUCGUGCACUCUUCGGCCGACCUGGAGAAUGCUGUCAUUCAGACUGUUCGAGGAGCGUUCGAAUAUCAGGGACAGAAGUGCAGUGCUACAUCGCGACUUUACGUCCCCAAGUCGAUGUGGCCGCGCUUCCGCGAGAGGCUAGCCGAGGAGGUCAACAAGCUUAAGAUUGGCGACCCUGGCGACCAUGGCAACUUUAUCGGCCCCGUCAUCCACGAGGGAUCCUUCAAGAAGCUCUCGGGUGUCAUCGACGAGGCUAAGAACGACAGCAAGCUCAAGCUGGUGGCCGGCGGCAAGUACGACAGCUCCAAGGGCUACUUUGUACACCCGACCAUCUACGAGACGACGGACCCGGCGCACAAGCUGAUGAGCACGGAGCUGUUUGGACCCGUGUUGGUGGCAUAUGCCUAUGAUGACGACCUUCACGGCGACCCGGCGGCGGCGUUUGGAAAGAUUUGCGAAGUGGUGGACUCGACAAGCGAGUACGGGUUGACGGGUGCGGUGUUCGCGACCGACCGGGCGGCGGUGCGGUUUGCCGAGGACAAGCUGCGCAACUCGGCGGGCAAUUUCUAUAUCAACUGCAAGAGCACAGGCGCAGUCGUCGGCCAGCAGCCGUUUGGAGGUGGCAGGGCAAGUGGAACAAACGACAAGGCUGGUAGCAUGAACCUGCUUGGUCGGUUUGUGAGCACAAGGAGCUUGAAGGAGGAGUUUAACGCGACGACAUCUGUACUGUACCCGAGCAACCACGUCUAA